AUUAUCGUUAGCAGUUUAUCAGGGUGAUAUAGACCCCUGUAGACUCGGAUGAGUAAAAGACUAAUCCUAAUUCGAGUCAACGCCACACUUCAAGGUCAAAUCCAGCGAACCUCUCCCGGCUGGACUCUACCUCCUGCAACCUUGCGACUUUCUGUUGUCUCACGUCAAAAGCAUCAAAUUGCAACUCACCGAGCCACGGACGGGCAACUCGAAAUAUAACAAAGCGAACUACCCGAUCACGAUCACCACCAUAACCCACAGCCCAGCAUGGGCAAAGCCGAGGUUGGGUCGACGAAAUAUGUCGCCAACCGCAUGAAGUCGAAGGGCCUCCAGCGCCUUCGCUGGUACUGCCAGGUCUGCGAGAAGCAGUGCCGCGAUGCGAACGGCUUCAAGAUGCACACCCAGUCCGAGAGCCAUGUCCGUCAGAUGCUCGUCGUUGGCGAGGAUCCCAAGAAGUUCAUCAACGAUUACAGCAAACAGUUCCAGAGCGACUUCCUCUUGCUUCUGAGGACCGGUCACGGCGAGAAGCAAGUCAACAUGAAUAGGUUCUACCAGGAAUACAUUGCGAAUAAGGAACACAUCCAUAUGAACUCGACAAAGUGGCCGUCACUGACGGAGUUCGCUAAGCAUCUUGGUCGGGAGGGCAUCUGCCGCGUGGAAGAGAACGACAAGGGUCUUCACAUCGCCUGGAUUGACAACUCGCCCGAGGCUUUGCGGAGGAAAGAUGCCCUGCGUCGCAAGGAGGCACAGGACCAAGGCAAUGAGGAGUUGGAGCAGCGCAUGAUUCGGGAGCAGAUCCGACGAGCUCAGGCCAACACUGGCGCCAAGGACGAUCAGGCGGAGGAGGAUACCGAGGCACGCGAACUUAAGAGACAGGACGGCGAAAAGAUUAAGCUAUCCUUUGGCGCAAAACCAGCGACAACUUCCGAAAGCCCUGCACCAGCCUCGACCGACUCUGGGGCAGAGGCAUCAAAGUCUGCCGAUGCUGACGCCAACGCCGAAAAAACCAAGGACUCUAGAGCGGCACCUGCCAAGCCAAGCCAAGAAGAACGCCCUGUCUUCCGGGACCAAGAAGAACGCCAUGGUAGAGCAGCCUAAGAAGAUGAGCGAGGCGGAGCGUAUCAUGAAG